AUGAACCAAGUAAUUGCCACCCCAUCUCCUGACUCAAAAAAGAAGCAGUACAGGUUUUCGAAGCGAGGCGACAGUGGUGGCUGCAACUUUGAUCCCGAAAAGGGUACCUUUCAAGCAUAUAGCGUCAAUGUCGGCGAACGCAAAAUCGGCGACAAGCCUUUUAUCUUCCUCUACAAGGGCCCUAUAAAUCAACCAGGUCCCAGAACGACAGUUCUAGCAGCAGGUCGACUUCAAACAUCUGCCGCCUUCAAAAUAUACCUUGGGGAUCCCAAGUCUGAUUAUAGUGACUACAACAAGUCCCUUGCUUGGGAAGCGAUGGAUAUAGAGCGUCCGGAAUCAACAUGGUCCUUGGACUUCCCUGACUACGAUCUCAGGAGGGAGUUUGUAUGGAAAAAGACGAAACAUAUUGCUGUCGAUGGGGUCGACAAACCUUCCCGCUUGUUGGCUCGGAACUGGAAGCUAACAAGCAAGAAUGACCCUGAUGACAUUCUGGCCGUAUUUACGGGCGACUCUGGCUUCUCGAGAGGAAGAGGAAUUCUUCAGAUUAACGUGGACUGGGGUGCCCAUUUUGAACACAUGGUUCUCAUGACUUUAGUGUGCCAAUUUUUGAAACAUAAACAUCCAACACGACAGGGCAACGGAGUCUUCGUUCCUCCUCCUCCGAUGGGUUCGGCAUUUUAA